CGAGCUGUAGAUGGUGGUCAAUAAUGGAGACGAUCGUUCUAAUUUGAUCACACACAGUGGUUCUUUAACAUCAAUGGCGUCUCCGAGGAGUUUACUCGAACGGGUAUGCGGAUGAGAUCGGCUUUAAUGGUGGCAGUAUACAAGAAACAACUCAAGCUUUCUAGUUUAGGGAGAAGAAGACAUUCCACAGGGGAGAUUGUAAACUACAUCGCUAUUGAUGCUUACAGAAUGGGUGAAUUCCCUAUGUGGGUUCAUGUGGCUUGGACUUCUUUCCUUCAACUCUUUCUAGCCAUUGCUGUUUUGUUCUUUAUAGUAGGAGUUGGUGUUCUCCCCGGGUUAGUCCCUCUCCUUUUGUGUGGGCUUCUCAAUGUGCCAUUUGCAAUAAUGCUUCAGAAAUGUCAAUUAGAAUUUAUGAGCGCCCAAGACAAGAGACUGAGGUCAACUUCUGAGAUCCUAAACAAUAUGAAGAUCAUCAAAUUACUGUCAUGGGAAGAGAAGUUCAAGGAUUUCGUCGAGUCUUGUAGAGAAAACGAAUUCAAAUGGCUGCGUGAAUCUCAGUAUAAAAAGGCUUACGGCUCGGUUUUGUAUUGGAUGUCACCGACUAUCAUUUCUUCAGUCAUCCUUUUCGGGUGUGCAUUUUUCAACAGUGCUCCUUUAAAUGCUGCAACUAUUUUCACCAUUUUGGCAACCUUACGAACAAUGUCCGAGCCAGUCAAAUACUUUCCGCAGGCUCUUUCAAUGUUAAUCCAGACCAAAGUCUCCUUUGACAGGAUCAAUUCAUUUCUGGUUGAGAAUGAACUUAAAAAUAAGGGGGUGAGGGAAAAUCAAGAACAAAAACAUUCAGGUAUCUGUGUCAGAAUACAGCAUGGCAAUUUCAGUUGGGAUCCAGAAUCACCCUUUUUGACUCUUAGAAACAUAAAUAUCGAACUUAUUAAAGGACAGAAAGUCGUGGUUUGUGGACCAGUUGGUGCUGGAAAAUCGUCACUAUUGCAUGCCAUACUCCAAGAAAUAACCAGCACUUCAGGAACUGUGGACGUUUUUGGAUCAAUUGCUUAUGUUAGUCAAGCUUCCUGGAUUCAAAGUGGGACAGUUCGGGAUAACAUACUCUAUGGAAAGCCAAUGGACCCAAUCAGAUAUGCAAAUGCCAUAAAAUCUUGUGCUCUGGACAUGGAUCUCAAUGAUUUUAACCAUGGUGAUCUAACAGAAAUAGGCCAAAGGGGACUCAAUAUGAGCGGUGGUCAGAAGCAGAGGAUUCAACUUGCCCGGGCAGUCUACAACAAUGCGGAUAUAUAUCUUCUUGAUGACCCUUUCAGUGCCGUAGAUGCACACACAGCAGCAACUCUCUUUAAUGAUUGUGUUAUGACUGCUUUAAGGAUGAAGACAAUCAUUCUUGUCACUCAUCAAGUGGAGUUUCUCUCAAAGGUUGACAAUAUUCUGGUGAUGGAAGAUGGACACAUUACUCAAUCAGGAAUAUACAAGGACCUCAUAAUGGCAGACACAGGUUUUGAGCAACUUGUGAAUGCUCACAAAAAUGUGAUGACAGAUUUGGAGUCUUCAUCUUAUGAAAAUAAACGCAAUGUAAAAGAAACAAAUAGUUUGAACUUCAGGAAUGAAAUUAGUGAGGAAAUAUCUAAGUCAACUGUACAGUUGACUGAGGAAGAAGAGAAGCCAAUUGGUGAUGUUGGGUGGAAGCCUUUUUCAGAUUAUAUUGUUAUCUCGGAAGGUAGACGCUUCUUCUUCUUGAGUCUGCUAACUCAGAUUGGUUUUUCUGCUCUUCAGGCUGCAGCCAGUUAUUGGCUAGCUUUUGCUGUUAAGAUUCCUACAAUCAGUAAUGUCAUGUUAAUUGGUGUUUACACAUUGAUUUCAACCACAAGUGUCUUUUUUGUUUUAAUGAGAUCUUUAUCCACCACCCUUCUGGGAUUAAAAGCAUCUGAAGCCUUCUUCUCAAAGUUCACCAAGUCAAUUUUCAGUGCACCUAUGCUAUUCUUCGACUCUACACCUGUUGGCCGGAUUCUAACACGAGCUUCAACAGAUUUGAGUGUAUUGGAUUUUGACAUACCCCUCUCGUUUGCUUUUGUGGUGACUUCUGGUAUCGAAUUGCUCACAAUACUCGCCGUUAUGGCAUCAGUAACAUGGCAAGUCCUCAUUGUUGGCAUCUUCGCUACAAUAGCUACAAAAUAUUUCCAGGGGUAUUAUCAACCAUCCGCAAAGGAACUUAUCAGAAUCAAUGGAAUAACAAAAGCACCCGUGGCAAAUUAUGCAUCUGAAACAUCACUUGGAGUGACUACAAUAAGAGCGUUUAAAAUGGAGGACAAGUUCUUCAAGAAUUACCUAAAGCUAGUAGAUGUUGAUGCAAGUACGUUCAUUUUUACAAACGCAACCUUGGAGUGGCUGGUUUUGAGAGCAGAAGCACUUCAAAACCUGACACUAUUUACCGCUGCUUUUUUCCUGGUUUUAGUUCCAAAGGGUUAUAUUCCUCCAGGGAUAGUUGGGCUUUCCCUUUCAUAUGCCCUGGCGUUGACAGGCGCCCAUGUGUUCUUGACACGAUGGUCUUGUAGCCUAGCCAAUGGCAUCAUUUCAAUAGAACGGAUCAAACAAUAUAUGUACAUUCCACCCGAGCCUCCAGCAGUUGUGGAGAACAACAUGCCUCCUUCUUCUUGGCCUUCAAAGGGUAGAAUUGAGCUCCACAAUGUCAAGAUUAGGUACCGUCCGAAUGCUCCACUAGUUCUCAAGGGAAUCACUUGCACAUUCAAAGAAGGGACUCGAGUGGGCAUUGUUGGAAGGACAGGAAGUGGCAAAACAACGCUUAUAACUGCCCUUUUCCGUCUUGUAGAACCUAAUAGUGGAAGAAUUCUUAUAGAUGGUCUGGACAUCUGCUCCAUAGGCCUGAAGGACCUCCGGAUGAAGCUAAGUGUCAUCCCUCAAGAGCCAACCCUUUUUAAGGGUAGCAUACGAACAAACUUGGAUCCUCUAGGACUUCACUCUGAUCAUGAAAUAUGGAAGGCAUUAGAGAAAUGCCAGCUAAAGGGUACCAUUAACAGUCUUCCAAACUGUUUAGAUUUUCCUGUGAGUGACGAAGGGGAAAAUUGGAGUAUGGGUGAACGACAACUUUUUUGUCUCGGAAGAGUGUUGCUCAGACGAAACAAGAUCCUAGUUCUUGAUGAAGCAACUGCAUCCAUUGAUUCAUACACAGAUGCCACUCUACAAAGGAUUAUAAGGCAAGAGUUCUCAAGCUGCACGGUUGUAACAGUAGCUCAUCGAAUUCCAACCGUCAUAGACAGUGAUAUGGUCAUGGUCCUCUCUUCCGGUGAAAUGAUGGAAUACGAUGAGCCCUCCAAGCUAAUGAAGAGGGAUUCUUAUUUCUCCGAGCUUGUUAUGGAGUAUUGGUCCAGUUGCAGGGGUAACUCUGCUCCAAGUUGCAAAGAUUUUUAACA